ACUCUUCCACCUCCCUUACUGCAGGAAGGCACUCCGAAGACAUAAUCGGUGAGACAUGGCUGAAGAUAAAAGCAAGAGAGACUCCAUCAAGAUGAGUAUGAAGGGAUGCCAGACAAACAACGGGUUUGUCCAUAAUGAAGACAUCCUGGAGCAGACCCCGGAUCCAGGCAGCUCAGCAGACAACCUGCAGCACAGCAUCAGGAGCAUCCUUGGCUCCCAGGAGCCCGACUUCAAGGGCGUUCAGCCCUACGCGGGGAUGCCCAAGGAGGUGCUGUUCCAGUUCUCUGGCCAGGCCCGCUACCGCAUACCCCGGGAGAUCCUCUUCUGGCUCACAGUGGCUUCUGUACUGGUGCUCAUCGCGGCCACCAUAGCCAUCAUUGCCCUCUCUCCAAAGUGCCUAGACUGGUGGCAGGAGGGGCCCAUGUACCAGAUCUACCCAAGGUCUUUCAAGGACAGUAACAAGGAUGGGAACGGAGAUCUGAAAGGUAUUCAAGAUAAACUGGACUACAUCACAGCUUUAAAUAUAAAAACUGUUUGGAUUACUUCAUUUUACAAAUCGUCCCUUAAAGAUUUCAGAUAUGGUGUUGAAGAUUUCCAGGAAGUUGAUCCCAUUUUUGGAACGAUGGAAGAUUUUGAGAAUCUGGUUGCAGCCAUACAUGAUAAAGGUUUAAAAUUAAUCAUCGAUUUCAUACCAAACCACACAAGUGAUAAACAUAUUUGGUUUCAAUUGAGUCGGACACGGACAGGAAAAUAUACUGAUUAUUAUAUCUGGCAUGACUGUACCCAUGAAAAUGGCAAAACCAUUCCACCCAACAACUGGCUAAGUGUAUAUGGAAACUCCAGUUGGCACUUUGAUGAAGUGCGAAACCAGUGUUAUUUUCACCAGUUUAUGAAAGAGCAACCUGAUUUAAAUUUCCGCAAUCCUGAUGUUCAAGAAGAAAUAAAAGAAAUUAUACGGUUCUGGCUCACAAAGGGUGUUGAUGGUUUUAGUUUUGAUGCUGUUAAAUUCCUCCUAGAAGCAAAGCAUCUGAGAGACGAGAUCCAAGUAAAUAAGACCCAAAUCCCGGACACGGUCACACAAUACUCGGAGCUGUACCAUGACUUCACCACCACGCAGGUGGGAAUGCACGACAUUGUCCGCAGCUUCCGGCAGACCAUGGACCAAUACAGCACAGAGCCUGGCAGAUACAGGUUCAUGGGGACUGAAGCCUAUGCAGACAGUAUUGACAGGACCGUGAUGUACUAUGGAUUGCCAUUUAUCCAAGAAGCCGAUUUUCCCUUCAACAAUUACCUCACCAUGCUAGACACUGUUUCUGGGAACAGCGUGUAUGAGGUUAUCACAUCCUGGAUGGAAAACAUGCCAGAAGGAAAAUGGCCUAAUUGGAUGAUUGGUGGACCAGACAGGUCCCGGCUGACUUCGCGUUUGGGGAAUGAGUAUGUCAACGUGAUGAACAUGCUUCUUUUCACACUCCCUGGAACUCCUAUAACUUACUACGGAGAAGAAAUUGGAAUGGGAAAUAUUGUACCCACAAAUCUCAAUGAAAGCUAUGAUACUAAUACCCUUCGCUCAAAGUCACCAAUGCAGUGGGACAAUAGUUCAAAUGCUGGUUUUUCUGAAGCUAGUCACACCUGGUUACCUACCAAUUCAGAUUACCACACUGUGAAUGUUGAUGUCCAAAAGAUUCAGCCCAGAUCGGCUUUGAAGUUAUAUCAAGAUUUAAGUCUACUUCAUGCCAAUGAGCUACUCCUCAACAGGGGCUGGUUUUGCCAUUUGAGGAAUGACAGCCACUAUGUUGUGUACACAAGAGAGCUGUAUGGCAUAGACAGAAUCUUUAUCGUGGUUCUGAAUUUUGGAGAAUCAACACUGUUAAAUCUACAGAAUAUGAUUUCGGGCCUCCCUGCUACAAUGAGAAUAAGGUUAAGUACCAAUUCUGCCAACAAAGGCAGUAAAGUUGAUACAAGUGGCAUUUUUCUGGACAAGGGAGAGGGACUCAUCCUUGAACACAACACGAAGAAUCUCCUUCAUCGCCAAACAGCUUACAGAGACAGAUGCUUUAUUUCCAAUCGAGCAUGCUAUUCCAGUGUAUUGAACAUACUGUAUACCUCGUGUUAGGCACCUUUAUGAAGAGAUGAAGACACUGGCACUUCAUUGGGAUUGUAAGCAUUUGUAAUAGCUUCAUGUACAGCGUGCUGCUUGGUGAACAAUCAUUAAUUCGAUACUUCUGUAGCUUGAAUGUAACUGCUUUAAGAAAGGUUCUCAAAUGUUUUGAAAAAAAUAAAAUGUUUAAAAGUAAAUUAUCGCUUAUAGGAGCUUAUAACUUUAUUCAGAUAGUAUCAAUUAGGGAUGAUCAGAACACAUUAGGACCCCAGAUUAUUCAAAAACUUUAAUGAAUUUUAAGGGGAAGAAUUUUAUCUUUUCCCUUAAAAUGCAGUCAUAGAAAUUGGAGGAUGACUCACUGCCACAGUGUCUAAAAGCAUUUGCUAGCAAAGAGGCAGGACACUGAUUUGUAAACUGCUCAACUCUUCUGACUGGAAGGGAGCCUAGAAUUCUGCUAUCACCAAUCCUUCCCUUCCCUCUACUCUAUGUCCUUCUAAGGAGCAUGAUUUGAAAACUACUUUCCUAGGUUAAUGGACAUGUGCAUCAAUGGAGAGAACAGUAUAAGCAAGUGGGAUGUAGACUACGCAAAAUUUAGAUGGAGAAGCACAUUUUAAAAAAUUAAUAACUUAAAAAUCUCAAGUUAUUAAUUUUUUUUUUGCUAACUCAAUUGGAAGUAAGACUAUGAAAUAUUUCAGUGUGUUUCCAAUUCCAAGUUGAAUAUAGUGUUUCAGAAUUUCAGGUAUUUCUUAAGAUCCUCGAAAACACUGGUGCUGUCAAGUCCAAGUUCCUCGUACAGGAAUUUAAUUUGGGCUGUAAUCUAAAAGAAACACAUUUAAAAAAUUAAAUAGAAGGCCUUUGUAAAAA